AGGUUGCCCGGGGCUUUCCGUUUCUCCACAGACACGAGAAAUACAGAAGUGGUCGAGUUUCUGAACCCUUCCUAGAGCUGAGCUAAAACUCACAGCUCGACUGCAGAAGUGUCAGAUUUACACAAGUUCUUCAAGAUUGUCGAACCUACUCACACCUGCAGGAUGGCAGAUAAUAGCAGCCAGAACGAAGUCCUGAUUGAGGGAGCACCCAACGCGAUGCCCGCUCCCAGGCAAGGCUCCUCCGGUAACCUGAAGGUGGCUGGGCUGACCCUGCUGGCGUGCCUGCUGCUGGCUGGACAGGCAGUGACCACCUACCUGCUGCUGAGCCAGGGACAACACCUGACCUCCCUGCAGGAGGGCACCGACACACUCCGCCGCACGCUGGGGCAGAGGACCACCGUGCCCGGCGGUGCUGCCCGUGUGAUGCAGGUUCCUCUCAGCAUGCCCCUGCUCAAGGACUUCUCUGAGACCGACGACAAAGCCCCCCAACCACGCCGCCUGCCCCUCACCAAGCUGCAGAGCGCCAUGAAGACUGACUCUGGACCGACCCCUGCUGCAGCUGCUGAGCUGAACACCAAGUGCAGGGUGGAGGCGAUGCUGCGUGGUGUGCACCCCGGCCUCUUCCUGCCCCAGUGUGACGAGCAGGGCAACUACAAGCCCAUGCAGUGCUGGCACAGCACCGGCUACUGCUGGUGUGUGGACAAGGAGGGCGUUGAGGUGGAGGGCACUCGCCACCGCGGAGCUCCCCGCCCCACCUGCCAGUGAGCAGCGCCAUCAGCAUGAGGGAGGAGCCUUCAUCAUGACGUCCAUCAUCAUCAUCAUUAUUGUCAUGGUGUCCUCCUCCCUGCUCUCUCCUUCUGUGAUUUUCUCGGGGUUUAAUCACCAGACUCUCUCCUCGCCUCUCUCUGCUCUGUGCUGUGGGCCGCUCUGCCGCUCAGGAGGGGGGGUGUCUGGGUGGGGGGGUAACUGGGCCAGGGUGUGAGGAGGCCCGGACACUGCCCCCCCCACAUCUCCUCCUGCUGGGGCUGGGCCGGACUGCAGCUCAGAAGGUGAACUAGUCGGCAGGGCCCGAGUGAUUCAGAACAUCCACCAACACACAUCCUUCCCUUUACCAUCCACCCCACACACCCCUCCCCUAAACACCACCCUUAGGCCCUAAACACACACAUCCCUCCUCCCUCAUCCUAUCCUCCCAUAACACCCCCCUUACCCCCUAAACCCAAAAUACUACCCACUCCCCCGCCCUUAAACCUGAACCCAAAAUACCCCCCCAACCCACUGCUCCCUGAGCCCCCCAGUCCUCUGGUCCUCUCUCCUACAGGAUGGCUGAAUCACUCCUGGCCCUCUGUAGCUGGCGUCCUGCUCCUGUUUAUACGCUGAUAUAACCUUUCUGACACACACACACACACACACACACACACACACACACACACACACACACACACACACACACACACACACACACACACACACACACACACACACACACACACACAGAUAUAUGCUGAUAUAGCCUUUCUGACAUUAAGACCACACACACACACACACAAAUACACACUUUUUACACUCGCUUUAAUUAGCAGUGUUCUGUUGAUUUUAUCUUUAUUUUCGUGAAUUACGGUGCUGCCUCUUUUUCCUCUAGAAAAGUCUGGAAUGGCCACUGUAAAGGCAUGAGGAUGGUGUGGCUUUGGGAGCAGGAAAUAAAGUGGCCUCUGGAAACAAAA